AUGCUCUCCUCCGCUACCCACCGUGUUUGCACAGGUUUUGGUGACUCCAAGAGAAGCUUUCGCCCUCCGUCAGCGGUGCCAUUCCAAGGUUGUGGGCAAGGGAAUGGUGCCGGACCCCCCAUUUGGAUCUCAACGAGCUCGGUGUUAAUCACAAUGAUGGAAGCAAUGGGCUAUGGAUUUGAGUGUCUUUUGGUGCUAGAGUCACAACUAGUGACAGCCCAAUGUUUCUGUUUUGUUGACAAUACGGAUGUGAUUGAAGCAGGUGGCACGGUCCAUCACUCUGGGGAGGAUAUUUGCGCCUCAGUUCAGGCUGCUGCCACCUUGUGGUUGGGGGGAAUUCGGGCAACAGGUGGUGCAAUCAAUCCAGAGAAGUCCUUCUCGUGGCUUAUUGACUUUGAAUGGGAUGCUUGCAAUGAACAAAAAAUAUUCAAAUUCCAACUGUCUAUUUAUUUUGUUUAG